AAAAACAGAAAAAAAAUACAAAACCCAUGUAAACUGCCAAAUUAAAAAAAUUUUUGUAUUUAUUUUUCUCAUUUUGAAAGCUGCCAUAGUGCUUGACACAUGUAAUUGAAAAUAAUGAAAAAAAGAAAAAGGAAAGCAAGAAAAGCUCAAAAGCCAAAUUCCUUGUUCCAUGAUUCCUGCCUUUCCAAAUAAUACAGACUAUUGCCUAAGGCAUAAUCAAAAUCCAAUUUCAUCACAAUAAUUAACAAGGUUUGUUAGCAUCAUAUGACAAAAAGAAUAAUGAUUAGCAGGGCAGAGAUCACAUUCCUGGUUUGACAUUUCCUUUUUCCUUUGUUUCUUUGGAUGAAAUAUGAGAUAAAAGGAGGUGACUGCCAAAGCAAUCAUUAUGUGUUAAUGGCAUUUCAUAACUGCAACAAAACAAAACUGCUUCACUGAAAUACACAUAACGCACAUAACAGGGAAGUUCCAUCAUGGAAGUUCUGUCUGCAUUCAUCCGAAGCUUAGACGCAUGCGCAUGGAGGGAGUUCAAUAUGGCGGCAUAUUUGGUUUGCUUGACGACUGAUGGUGGUAUUCCACUAUUCACUAGAACAAAAGGAAACCUCCCACAGUUGCCUUUUCCUGUGAUUGGAUCACUUAAUGGUGUAUGCAUGUUUGCCAACAAUCAAGAUGUCUCUCUGCUAAACACAGUCACAGAUGAUGCCAAAGUUCUCUGGAAGGUUUUUAAUGAAAGGAUCACCUUGAUAAUUGUUACCUCUGAUGACAAUGCUAGUGGUGUACAUCUUAACAGACUCUUAGAUUUUGUCUUUAAUUCCAUGGUUUUAUUAUUAGGAAUAGAUGAGUUAACAUCUUUCAGAAACAUAGAACUGCUUAAGAGGGAAUUGAGAUGUUGUUAUAGUCUGAUUGACAGUCUUUUGGAAGGCACAGAUUUAACAGGAAACAUAACUCAAGCUGUUGAUAUCGUUCUUUGUCCGGAUGUGUCAUUUCUACAGGAGUUUCUUGAUGCUUUUGCUACAUCAGUCAGCAGUGAGUUUGGAUGUUUGCUUAUCAUGGGAAAAGUGGCCGUGGCAACUGAACGAUGGUGGGAGUUAACUGGCUUGGAAACAGUUUUAUUAUCAUUGUUGGUUCAUUCCUUACCACCAUGGUCUUCUCGUGAUAUACCUGUAUAUCUGCCAUAUGGUAGUCCAAAGAUUCCUCACAGACUGUUAACAUUUCAAGUAAGUUAUUUACAUGUAGAUUUCUGCGUUUAUGUAAACAUGUUUAUUUACUGCUUAAAUUGUUCACCUUUCAUUCAUGGCUGUUUCUGUUUUAAGCUCAUUGAAGGUGUGGAAGUAUGUGUGAUAUGUGGACCCAAACCAUCACUUUACGAUGCUGAAACCAAGUUCUUGGACCAGUAUUGGAGACUUGCUAUUGACACACUGAAAUCCAGUCGCAGAUCUCAUCCGAGAAAUCUCCCUGGUGAUAUGGUACUUGACAGUGGAAUCCUAGGGUUUGUGUUGGUGAACACAGAUGAGCGCAAGAGUCUGUCCAGUGUCCAUCCAUCAGGGGUGCUAACUGGUGUGGAUCAAGGAAGUAGCUCGGGAAGUGGAAUGCCUACAGCAAAAAGGAAGUCAAUCCUCGUGUCAUUUUACAAGUCAGUUGUUGGUACAUUAUUUCCGGUGCAGGAGCCAAAUACCUCUGAACAAGUUUAUUUACACAGACUCGCCCAGUGGUGUGUGUCACCAAGCUAUGGAGACUUAUAUGUGUGCUAGUGAUCAUAAGUGUUAUGCAAUCCGUACAGAAACACAUGAACUGUUCUUACUGUUUUCGAAUGACGUACCAACCUAUGCUCUUGGGUAAGUUAAAUUUGUGGCUGAAAAUGUAUCAACCAUAUAUGUAUCUAUGACGAGCUGAGUUUUACAAUCCUUUAUAAUCGUCAGUUCCAUAAAUCUCAUUUUCAGCUCUCCGUUUGUUUAUUGGUUGGUGGAAGAUUCACAUGUUUGCGGUAUCAAACUAUAGGUUGUGAUAAAACGCAGUGCAUAGAAAUUAAUGGUCUAAAAGUGUGACAAAUGCAUGAGGAAACAUACACAGGCGGCGAAUGUGAAAUGAAGGUGAAAUUUAAAUACUUCGCGAGAAAUACUUGACACGGAAUGCUUUGUGAAGAAUUUCGAAUGGUGGAAACGUAAACCAGAUUGAAAUGAAUGACUUUUCGGUGAAAGAAUUUGGCAAUGUCAAUAGCAGUGACAUAAAGGUUCUGGCAGAUUUUAAGGAAAUUAACCUUUUCCCCAUAAGUCUUAAGGAGCCUAGUAGAGAAACAGUGGCAGAAAGCCUUCGCUCUUGCUGGUUAUUCUGGCGAGGGAAACUAAGAUAAGUUACAAAAAGUAGGAACUUCUAUGUCGACAAGAAAUGAGGUUUCCGCUAACGGGCAGAAAUCUUAAAAUACACACAAGUUGACUAACAACGCACGUAGUUUUUGAAUUGAAGCGGUGAAUAAACAUUUGCCUUGCAGAUCUCUAACUAGCACUACACUUGCUCUACUAACCAAAGGCAAGCUGGUAUGACCGUCAUUAGACAUCAGACGUCAUCCAAUGCAGCCUGUAUUG